UGCAUACUUGAGUAUUGAGAAACAGCCACCGUCUUCUCUUUGAAACACACCUGUCCUUGUAGUUCAUCAUUGUGUCCACCAGAGUGCGUCAUUAAGACAACAGUUUGGACUCAUGUUGGACAGAAACUCAUUCAGACUGUUUCUUCCUCCAGGAUGGACCAUGCUGGAGAGCAGAGGUUAAAACCUGGUGUCAGGAAGUAUUCAUGUGAACUGGAACUGGACACAAACACAAUGAGCAGAAACCUCAAACUGUCUGACGACAACAGGAAAGUGACCCGUGUGACAGAAGAUCAGUCGUAUCCUGAUCAUCCAGACAGAUUUAAGUCCUGUCCUCAGCUGCUGUGUAGACCUGGUCUGACUGGUCGCUGUUACUGGGAGGUCGAGUGGAGAGGAAUAGUUUAUAUAUCACUGAGUUACAGAGGAAUCAACAGGAAAGGCGACAGUUCUGACUGUUGGUUUGGACGUAAUGAUCAGUCCUGGAGUCUGAACUGCUCUGACGUUUAUGGUAACUCUGUCCGUCACUGUGGGACACAAACACCCAUCAUGUCCUCUGUCUCUCACAGAGUAUCAGUGUAUGUGGACUGUCCUGCUGGGACUCUGUCCUUCUACAACGUCUCCUCUGACUCACUGAUCCACCUCCACACCUUCAGGACCACAUUCACUGAACCGGUUUAUCCUGGGUUCCUGGUCUGUCAUGGUUCCUCAGUGUCUCUGUCUCCUCUGUAGGACAUGAAGAGACAGCAGCUUCAGUGGUGGAUGAGGUCAAAGCUCGUCUCAGUCAUUCUUUGU